AACCAUAAUUAUUUGUUGCUUAUCAUUGAUAAUAAUUCUAAUUUUAUCAAUAUUGAAUCUUAAAUAUUGAAAGAUCUAGUUUAGUUUAAAUUCUGGUGUCAAACGGACUAUUCGUAAUAUAAUAUAUACUUAGUAACACAACGUACCUACUCUUCGAGGUACCGUUUAAUACCACUCGGUAAUAUAGCAAUGGUGGUAGAUACCCGUCGCCGUCGUGCGGGUGCGAAGAGGACGUCCGUGCAGACGGCCACGGCAUUGCUGUUGGUGUUCCUGCUCCAGGCUCCCGGAGCCCGAGCCGUCACGGACGAGAUGCUGAAGAUCGCGUGCUCGGACAUGACGCCCAGACAUCCGGGUUACCAGGCGGAAAACGUGCAGGGCGUGCCGUGCCCGUACCGGCUGACGGUGGACCCGUCCACGCCGGUGGUGCCCGGUAACCUGGUGAACUUGACGCUCACGUCCGUCGGCACGACCAUGCCGUUCAAGGGGUUCAUGGUGCAAGCCCGGGACGUCAACGGACGGGCGAUCGGCACGUUUUUGCCGGAAUGCCGGAACGCGACGAAACAUCACAUGAUCACCUGUUCCAACGGCGAAGAGCCAUACAACGCAGUGGUCCAGUCAAAUAACAAAUAUAAACUAAAAGAUACUUUUACAUGGAUAGCUCCAUUAUCACUUAAAGGAUCUUUUCGAUUUAAGUUCACAGUUGUGUUAAAUUUUGAACAUUUUUGGACUAAUCAAGAAACUGAGGAUAUUCCAGUAGCUAAACUUUCACAAGAAGAAUUCGAAUUAAAAAGCUCUUUUAAUCAUGAAUACUAUAUUUAUAAAUUGUAUAUUCAAAACUGCUUUGUUUAAUUAAAUCUAAAAAUAUAUGUAAAAUAGUAAAUAUUAAGAAUAGUGCUUGUAAUACAUAAUAUAUAUUAAUAUAUUUUAUUUUAAAUUUAAUAAUGUCAUAGUAAAAUUAUAAUUUAUAAAAUAGAUAAAUAUUCUAAUAGUCAUAGAAAAAUUUUAAACUACAUAUAAUAUGCACCUAAAUAGUUUCGAGCGCACGUGCCACGUUUAUUACUGUAUAUAUACGUACUCAUUUGUUAUUUAUUUUAAUAACAAAACGAUUUUAUGAUUUUUGCUUUUAAUACAUUAGAUGAUUAGAUGUUAAAACAAAUAAUUAUCUAUUAUAUACUGCGUUAUUAUUUAAUAAGACGAACUGUCAUUUGACGAAACGAUCAAACGAAAUACUAUUUCAAAUUUUAUAAUAGUUAAUAAUAAUAUAAUAUAGGUAGUAUUAAAUACACUGAUUGGUAUGAAUUAAAAAUAAAAAAUGUUCUUUUAAUAAGCUUUUAAAAAUUACAAAAUAUAUUACAAUUUGAAGUUUGUAUAUAAAAAAAUGUAUACUAGUUUUUAGAAUAUUUAAUAUAAAUAAAUACUUGUGGAAUUUGAGCCUA